GGCAAAGGUAUAAAUACGUUUGAUUUUAAGUAAAACCUUUUUCACCUUAUCCAUCAACUUCACAUUACACAGUAUUUGAACUCUACAAAACCCUCAACAAUAUCGACCAAGCAUUUAUUUAUCUUCAAAAAUGAUGCUCAAAACGUUCACCAAAGCAUUGGUUAUCCAGGCCAUCUUGUCUAUUUGUUUAAAUGGAGUGGUUUAUUCUGCACCAACGAAUAACAUGUUGCAGGUACGCGGAGCUACUCUAGGAGAUGUGAAUAUCGAUACUCGAGUUUUCAAGCGCCGCUAUAGACAUCACAGAGGAAGGGGAAGACGUUUCGGAAGAUUCAGGAGUAAAUUCCGUAGGCUUACAAACAAGUUCAAGCAUAUUUUUCAUAAACGUAACUUUUUGCAGGAAAAACGAGCUAUUAACUAUGAUGAACCUAAUCUCCCUCAUCGACACAAAAAAAAUAAUUAGUUCUUCUCUUUUUCAUUCGCGAGAUCCUAUUCUUAGAUAGUAGGGUAAUAUAUACAUCAAAGAAAUGCGUACGAAUCACAUCAAUAUACAGUAAUACAUCGAAGAUAAUUAAAAUCUGCGAAAG